AUUGAAGAAAUAAAAAAGAAAAAGGAGGUAGGAAGCAGGUGUAUAUAAGUUGGAGUUGUAGAGGGAGAGAGAGGGAGUUGGUGGUGGGGUGAUGGCUGAGUUUGGGAAAUGUAGAAACAUAAAAGCCUGCCACAUCAAAUCUCACCCCAAACAUGGCAAAGCUUAGGAAUUGACCAUACUUUUCCCAUUCCCAUCUGCCCCCAUCCCUUAUAUUUCUCUCUCAAGCACCAGCUUUGUCGCAUGGGGCGCCACAAAUGACUCUCAUCACUAUGACCAGAAAUCUCCCUCUCUACGCUCUAUUCUCCUUCUUCUGCUGCUGCUUAUGCUUCCAUGGACUCUACUCUUCAAAUCACCACACUUCUUCGCUUUCAGACAUGAAGUUUGUGUUCAAUCUUAAAGCUGAUGGCAAUCACUUCUUCAAGAAUAUAGAGAAAAACAAUAUUUUGGAGAUAGGCGGAGGCCGAGUGAGAGGAAGCAGCAUAGGGCCGAGAAGGCUACUACUGGGAGGUCCGGGGUCAUCACCGCCGCGUUGCGCAUGGAAAUGCGGUGGAUGCAUGCCGUGUAAGCCGGUGCAUGUGCCGGUGCCACCGGGGGCCCGGGUGACGACGGAGUACUACCCGGAGGCUUGGAGGUGUAAAUGUGGCAAUAAAUUGUACAUGCCCUGACUAGCUACUGCCCUUCGGUUAAUUUGCCAUUAAUUGAACGCCGAUCUACUUUGAUUAGUUCCUACUAAUAUUAAUUUUAUUUGCUUAGAAGCAAGAGGAGGAUAUAGUAUUACUAUUAAUUAUUCAAAUCACAGUUCAAAUUUGUCGUCGCCACACAUUAUGUAAUUAAUUUUUUUACGUUGCUACCUAUAUGCUGUAUGAUUUGUAAACUACUCCA